AAAUCUUUUCGUGUCUUCUGGUCAGAGUUCCAGUCCUGGUCAGAGCUGCUGUUCAUCACCUCUGUCUUCAAACUGACCUCUGUCAGUCACAGAGGCUGUGUUCAGUCCCAGUCUGGAGUCCAAUCGUGUGAAGACUUCAGACUUCAGUCACUUAGCUCCACGGCUACCUGAGGAACUUGCUAACUGCAGCUAGUUGCUACAGUAAAGAGAAGCAAGUCCAGUAUAGUGAGCAGGAGGAGGAGGUUCUGCUGCCCCCUGUAGUUCAUGAGCUGCUUUUUAAUUCUGGCCAUCUCCUACAAACAACCUUUGAGAAAAAAAACACUCAAUAAUAAACAAAUAUAAUGAUGAAGACAGAUUUUCUAGAAGUGUAGACAUACUGAAGUCAUUCUUUGCAUUUAUGUACAAACGUAUGACAUGUAGUGUCGCUUUAAGUUCCGACCAACAUUUGACUCUGUGGCAGAAAAAGAGUCUAAUAAAGAGGGAGGAGAGUUGAGUGUGUGUUGUUUGGAGGACGGACUCGUCGUAAACAAGUUCCUGGUUUACCAGAGAAGAAGAAGACAGACGGUGUGAAACCACCAGAGCCUCAAACAUGAAAGUCCAUCAGAUGUUGAUCUGCAUCUUCAUCCUCUCUCUGCAGGAUGGAAACACUGGACUCAUCAAUGCACAAACUAUUACAGUAACUGAAGGAGGAAACAUCACACAUGUCUGCUCCUUCUCCUUUUCUGGAAGCAGGAAGAUCUUCUGUAAGGAAGGAUGUGAAGAAAAAGACAUUCUUGUUGAAACAACUGGUGACAGAGCUCAGAGAGGCAGAUACAGCAUCGAAUGGAAAGAAGCAGAUCAUCUAUUAGCUUAUUCAGUUCUGUAUGUGAGCAUCACAAACCUGACCAAGUCUGACUCGGGGCGCUACACAUGUAGAGUGGACAGAGGUAUUCUCUCAAACAAGGAGUUUGAGAUCAGAGUUGAAGAUGCUCUGAUCACAGAACCAAACCGCCCUCUCCCUCCUCGUCCACCAUCAGUCCCGUCAACAUCAGCACCGACAACAACACAGAGUUCAAACUUCGUUCCAGGAACUCUGAUCACAGAACCUAACCGCCCUCUCCCUCCUCGUCCACCAUCAGUUCUAUCAACAUCAGCACCGACAACAACACAGAGUUCAAACGUCGUUCCAAGAAGCUCCACACCUUCAUCAGCCUCCACUGACACCAGCAGCCAGUCUGGAGAACGAACUGCAGGUGUGCAGCUGUAUGUGUGUCUGGCUCUGCUCUUCAUGGUCGUCAUGUUAUCAGUCGCUGUGGUGAUUUUCUGCAGGGGGAGGGCCAGCAAACCCAAAGGAAAACCUGUGGAAACUGAGUAUGCUGACGUGACUGAGGCCAGCCAAGCGUAUGAGGAGAUCAGAGAGGACAGAGAGAGAAGAUCCUCUCCUGUAGAAAUAUCUACAGUUUACACUUGUGCCAAAUAUGUCAAGCCAAAUGCAGAAGAUACCAAAGAUAAUAGCAGUUUGGUCAAUGGAGCCACUUGUGAGAAUAAAACUGAAGCCGACUCGAAUAAACUGACCUACUCCGAGGUGGACUUCUCCAACCGCACAGCUGCCUCGCUCAGCAGCGCCCCCUGUGGUGAUGCAGAUAAUGUCGUCUACUCCGUGCCCAGAGGAGCGCGGUCAGACGGCAGCCACGGCGGAGACGCAUCACCUCCUCUUUACUCGACCGUUACUGUGCCUCAUGUGUAGCUUCAGCGCCACAUUUUACUCUCUCAGGGCUCAACAGGUUCCUUUAAGUUAGUGCUGCUUUUACUGUUUCCACUUAGUUAAGCUUAUUUUAGAGGUGCAAUAUGCAAGAAUUUUACUUGAAAACAUUCAAAAAUAAUUUUGAUGUCAGCUAACAGCAGCUACAGUUAGCAGUUACCCUGGUGACAUGCUGCACUUUGUUAAUUUUGUGUAUGGAUUAGAUGGUAGACCUUUAAUAUUCUGGUAAAAGAUAUAAAAGUAGGAUGACAGUAAGUCAUCUGGGAUGUGAGUGAACAGCCUCCUUCUGUUUGUGGGACGGCAGAAGGGCUGAACAGCCAGAACAGGAUCUGGGACCGGCACCUGGACCACUUUGUCAUCAUCAAAAUCUGUAAAUAAUUCUGGUAUAUCUUUAAAUGUUAUAUAUUUUUUAUUUAUCUACUUUUAUUUUUUUAAAUUUGCAGUUACUUUUCCCUUAUGAUUAAAGUUUCUUCCCAAAAUCUACACAAUGCACCUUUAAUUCAACCUUCAAUUAUUGACUGGACAUGUAGUCAGGGAUGCAAUUGUUAAAUUAUUUGUGACAGGUUCUUAU